AAGUUGAUUUUCUAGUACAACAAAAACAAAAAGCAUAAUAUUAUUUAUAAUCGCUGACACGGCAAUUCAAAACAAAACAAAUAAACAAACAAGUUAAUAAUAUAAAACUAUUGAAAAAGGAAAAAGAUGUCUACUGAGGAGCUGCCCGAUGAUUUGGAUAAACUAAAAAUAACACCUAAAAGUGAACAUAAUAAAUUGCGUGAUAGAAAUCCAUUUUACAGCACAAAUACUACAUUGAACACAGUGGCUGUUGGCGAAUUCAUUUCAAAUUCAAAACAUGUGCAUUGUAAAAUGCGACGAAUGAGGCGAAAAUCGACCAACAACAUCGAUGCCUGCGACACCAAGAAAAUAGACAAUGGAGACGACGCUGAAGAUGACUUUGAAAUUGGGAAUCCUCUGCGUUGUCUGUCUGGAGUGCAGCAACUGCAGCUAUCGAAGAAAAGUCUAUUACGCGAACCCAUUUUGCGAGUCGUGAAUGAUAAUGCACAUUCGAGAAGUACUUUUGGAAGCCAUAAUCGUCGAAUGAUUCCAUUACAUAUAGAUGAAAAAAGUCGCACAAAUUUUCAUAAAUCUCGAAAUAAUAAUGUCAGCAUCAAGUCGAGUAUAAAUAACGUUUGCAGUUUUCGUGAGCUAAUCAGCGAAUGUAAUGUCCUACUAGAUGAAUCAAAGUCGAAGAAAUCCAUCGUGGACAACACCUGGCACUUGUCCAAAAACUUCACCAUAUGGCAAAAGAGUACAGCAGAAACUCAAAAAGAGAGUGACCGUGAUCGCGAGCGACCUUCAAUUGGCACAAGUGCAAGACUCUCAUGCUCGCAGGAGGCCAGCAACAAUGCUGCAACAAAUCCAAGAAAUUGCGACGAUGUCACCAUUGGCGAAUUGGCCAGCUACUUCGACACUAUGGUGCACAUUCCCAAGAAAAUGUCCUCGAUGGCGGAAAUGAUGUACAUUUAAGUUUUUGGGCACUGCCACACACAUAUACAUAUGCUAAUACAUAAAAAUAUAAACGCAUAAGUGUAUACAGCUGAUCAAGUAAUUGUUUUAACAUAGAAAAAAACUUAUUUUAUUUUGCAAUAAAUCUAAUUUUUUUUCUAUUUAAAUUUAUAAUUCCUUACGAUUUUUACAAGUUUAAACAUAAUGAGAUACUUUGAAUUUAACUUAAAAACAAAACAAAUAAACUUUUUCUUUAUAAAACAAUUACUUGAAUAGCUGGGUAUUUAUAAGUCUGUAUAAGAUAAUGUACAGAUUUGUGUUUACUUGUAUAUAGACAUAUUAAUUGAAUGUCAUUAGAUUUACCUUAUUUAAUGUACAUACCUUAUGUAAAUAUAUAGUAUGUAUAUUAAUAGAUUUACGCAUAUUUCGGUAUAAAUGAAAAUUAAACUAAUGAAUUUUUAUUGCUUAACAAAAA